AUGGCUCUCCUCUUUUCUUCUAAAAACCCAUCAUUUCUCAGUCUCUUCUUUUUAUCAUCUCUUCUCUUUCUCAAUACCCAACAAUGCAACCAUCAUCACUUCUCUGCUUUACUCCACCUUAAGCAUGGUUUUAACUUCACUGCUUCCACCCUCUCUACUCUCCCUUCUUGGAAUUCAAACAAUACCGAUUGCUGCUCUUGGGAAGGCAUCACGUGCGAUGGACCCACUGGUCACGUGAUCAGCCUCGACCUCAGUGAGCUCUAUAUCUCUGGUCAGAUUGAUUUUGAAAGCCUCUUUCGUCUUCGGAGCCUGCAGAAGCUCAACCUCGCUUGCAAUGCUUUUCAUCUCUCUCCAAUCCCAUCUGGGUUUGACCAGCUCACCAGUUUGACCCAUCUCAACCUCUCUCGGUCAUUCUUUUAUGGCCAAAUCCCACUGGAAAUCUCCCGCUUAACCACUUUGGUUUCUCUCGAUCUUUCUUACAAUUAUUAUUACAAUAGUUCUGGUUAUCAAUACCUGAAACUCGAAAACCCAAGCAUUGGAUCACUCGUCCAAAACCUGUCCAAUCUGAGUGAACUCUAUCUGGACUUGGUAGACAUCUCAUCACUGGGUAGUAAGUGGGGCCAGCCCUUAUUCUUCCCACUCCCUCCUCUCCGAAAGUUGAGCUUACAAUAUUGUCUUCUUUCCGGCUCCAUCUAUUCUUUCCUUUCACAGCUCCAUUUCUUAUCUGAACUCAACCUCAGUGGAAACAAUCUAUCCUCUGCAGUGCCCAGCUUCCCAGGGAGUCUUCGCAAGUUGAUCUUAUAUAAUUGUGGUCUUUCAGGCUCCAUCUUUUCUUCCCUUUCACAGCUCCAUUUCUUAUCUGAACUCCACCUCAGCGAUAGCAAUCUCUCCUCUGCAGUGCCCAGCUUCCCAGGGAGUCUCCGCAAGUUGAUCUUACAAGAAUGUGGUCUUUCAAGCUCCAUCUAUUCUUCCCUUUCACAGCUCCAUUUCUUAUCUGAACUCGACCUCACUCGAAGCAAUCUCUCAUUUGCAGUGCCCAAUUUCAUAGGGAACUUAUCCUCCUUGACGUCCCUGCUCCUUAAAGAGUGUGGAUUGCAUGGAAAAUUCCCUGAGAGUGUUUUCCAGCUGCCAAAUCUACAAAUCAUUGACAUAUCAGAAAAUCCACUUGUAUCUAUCACUUUGCCGGAGUUCCCUCAAAACAAUACUCUACAGCAAUUGAUCCUUUCAUACACUGGAUUUUCAGGAAAGUUACCAGAUUCUCUCGGUAAUCUCAAAUUCUUGACUCAUUUAGACCUCAAUAAUUGCAACUUGUCAGGAUCAUUACCAUCCUCACUUUGGAACCUUACCAAACUGCAAUAUCUGUCUCUUUCAUCCAAUAAAUUGAGCGGCCCAAUUCCUUCUUCAUAUGGAAACGAGCUUCUGAAUCUCAAAGAGAUCAGCUUAUGGAAUAAUUUGCUUAAUGGGACCAUUCCAUCAUCAUUGCUUUCACUCCCAUCAUUACAAAUGUUGGAUCUCUCAGAUAACCAACUAAGCGGUCAACUUGGUGAGUUCCACAAUGCCUCUUCUUCACAGCUAGAGACCAUCGAUUUGGGGGAUAACAACUUGCAGGGGAUGAUACCAAGAUUUAUCUUUCAACUUACCAAGCUUCAAGUACUUUCUGUUUCUUCCAAUAAUUUCAGUGGUGUUGUGAAGCUAGGCUUAUUUCAAAACCUCAAAAAACUUUACUAUCUGGAUCUUUCAGAUAACAACUUGUCAGUCCAAUAUGGCAGUGGUAAUUCCACAUUUGUUUCCAUCCCUCAGUUUCAACUUUUGUGGUUACGUUCUUGCAACAUCAGCACAUUUCCAAAUUUCUUGAGAAAUCAAAUGCAGUUGGGUGAAUUGGACCUUUCCAAUAAUAAAAUUAGUGGUGAAAUACCCAAAUGGAUAUCGGAGAUUCCACCAUGUUUGGGAGAGAUUGGUGGUACACUUAAUGUGUUGAAUCUUCAAGGAAAUGCUUUCAACGGCACCUUACUUCAGACAUUUAAUGAGGGAUGCGACAUACGAACGCUUGAUCUCAGUGGGAAUCAAUUAGAGGGCCAAGUGCCAAGGUCUUUGGCUAAUUGCAAAUUGUUGGAGGUAUUAAACCUUGGAAACAAUCAGAUACAUGACACCUUCCCUUUAUGGUUGGAAGCUUUGUCCCAGUUGCGUGUUCUCGUCUUGAGAUCCAACCAAUUUCAUGGCACCAUUGGGCAUCCUCAAGCUUUUCCACUGUUACAAAUUUUCGACCUCUCUUUCAAUAGCUUUGAGGGUAAUUUGCCAUCAAAUAUGUUCAGGAGUUGGAAGGCAAUGAUGAAACAGGACAAAUCUCAAUCUCUGGUCCUUGGCAAAAUGAUAUUCGGUGGUAGCAGUAGCAUCAAAAGUUCCAUAUACUAUCAAAACAAAGUGUCUUUAGUUAGCAAAGGGCUACAGAUGGAACUAGUAAAGAUCCUUACGGCCUUUACUGUAGUGGAUCUCUCGGAAAACAAAUUUCAUGGGGAUAUCCCAGAAUCAAUUGGGGAUCUAAAGUCACUCCUUGUGCUCAAUAUGUCCAACAAUGAUUUAAUCGGCGGAAUUCCAUCAUCAUUUCAGAAUCUAAGGGAUCUAGAGUCAUUAGAUCUCUCACAUAAUAAAUUGUCUGGAGAGAUCCCUUGGCAGCUAACAGAGCUAACAUUCCUUGAAGUGUUGAAUCUCUCACAGAAUUUCCUCGUGGGAAAAAUACCACAAAGCCAGCAAUUUCUUACAUUUAACAGCGAAUCAUUCAAAGAGAACUCAGGAUUGUGUGGACCUCCACUAUCAAAGAAAUGCAAAGAUGCAGAGAGUGCACCACCAUCCCCUCUGUCAACAUUGCAAUCUGAAAGGAAAUAUGAUUGGGAAUUAAUGUGGAUAGGAUUCGGAGUUGGACACGGCGUAGGCGUAGGGAUGCUUUUCUGGACCCUAGCACUUUGGAGGAAGGGAAGGAGAGAAUUCUAUAUAUUUAUUGAUAGAAUGCUUUCCUUAAUUUUCCCUUCCAUGGUGUUUUCUAAAUAG